UUGUGUGUUUACAUGGUCCUUUAAAAUCAUAAAAAGAAAUACCAGUGAUUAUUACACGGCGCUAUCAUCUGACAGAAUGUGCAACCAGGGCAUGGUUCUCUUAGUCAUAACUGUUCAGGAUGGCUUAUCUUGGCACCGCAUCGACGGAGGGGAAACGACGACGGUAAGGCAUUAACCAGCCGUGUAAAUGAUUGAAUAAAUCACUGUGACAUUUUUGGGCUGGGGCUCAUAAAGUUUUGAAGGAGCAGCAUCCACUUCAGACUUUGAUCAGAACAUGCUGGACAGUACAGUUCAGGUGUGAGAAGAGUCACAAGGUUUCCUGUCAGCCUGGUGACAGCUUUUACCCAGGUGAGUUUCUUCAACUCAAAUUGCCUCGCGGUUUUAAUUCUCAAAACUUGCCGUCAAAGCACUCAAUCGGGUUGCUUCUGAAGAGGGUUGACGUUUUUCAUUUCUAGUUUUAAAGGCCUGGGGUUGCGAUGGCGGUACGCCGCUCGUCGUUUUGGGCGGCUGUGCUGCUCCUGGCCUCCUUGGAUCUCUGGUGCUCCUCUUCCUCGCCUCCCUGUCCGGAAUCCUGCGUUUGCCGAGGAGCUCUGCUGCUGAACUGCUCCUCGGCUGGCCUGUCCUCUGUACCGCAGCCCGUCCAGGACCCCAUCGCCGAGCUCGACUUGUCUCAUAACCUCCUCAGCUCUAUCGCUUUUCAUCAACCGCAUCCCAACCUCAGGAACCUGUGGCUGGGGAACAACAGCAUCCCACACUUGUCUCUCUGCAUAGAGAGAUCCGUCACGGCUCGACGUCUCGGGCGUCGCUCGGCGGCCGGGAGCCGGUCCAGGUGCCUGAGCUGGGCCCCCGCCUUGCAGCUGCUAUCAGCUGAGAGGAACCUGCUGGAGCAGCUGCCACGGGGCCUGGAUGCUGUCGAAUCCUUACAGGUCCUGGAGCUGUCUUUCAACAGGAUCUCAAGUCUUGAACUGGGAGUCCUUGGUGGCCUUCAUCAGCUGCAGGAGCUUCACUUACAGCAUAACCUGAUUACACAUCUGGAUCCACAGAUGUUUCAGAAUUUAGAGCAACUCAAGGUUCUUGACCUGAGGUUCAACAUGUUGACAACCAUGCAGCAAUUGACAUACAUCACUUUGCGCAACAUUGAAGCAGAUGUUAAGCUGGGUGGAAACAGGUGGCGCUGUGACUGCAACAUGCGUAGUACAAGGAGGCAGAUGGCUUAUGACGGCACCAGAGGCAUGAGGACCUGGAACAUCAUAUGUUCUGAGCCUUCCAUCAUCUCGGGCAAAGACCUUCUGCAGCUGGAUGAGGAGGACCUGACAUGCUUAAGCUCUGAAAACAACUUAAAUUUUCACCGAGACGUGACGGUGUACAGUGGCACUGAGAUCCUGCUCUCCUGCUCAGCACAAGAGUCAGAGUGGUGGACACCCGAUGGUCGAGCAUCUGCGAGCCAGCAAGGAGAUCGUCUGCUCAUCAGUGACUUUUCAGAGGGAGAUACGGGACUGUAUGUGUGUAUGUCUGAAGAAGACCACGUUCUGUCUGUUUUUAACCUCCAAAUCAGUAAAAUGAGAGGUGCAAGACAGGAAAGGAGCUUACCCGGGGUCCGCACUCAAGCGACUCCACAAACACCUAUAAGCGGGAAGGUUGGAGCGACAGCAGGGGGCUUCACUCAGUCUGACAUGGCUUUGGCAGUGUGUCUGUCGAUUUUAUUCACGUUCCUGUUGGCGUUCAUCCUCGGAGUCCUGGCGAGACCAUGUAUCAGUAGGCUUUGUAGAAGGGUCAUCAAAAAGAAAGACUCCCCAGCAACUCAUACCGUCACUUCUGCUCAACAGAGACAUUACGACAACCAGGCCUUUUCAAAUGCUGAAGAACCAGCAGAGAUAGGACCUCACAGGGAGAGAAGAGUCACUUUUAGCCAUUUAGAGGUCACAGAGGAAAGGAACAUGCAAUAUUAUGACACUGUUGCGAGUGGCGAUCAGCAGAGCAUUAGAAGCGACGAGGUGUUUGAGUAUCAAGAAGUCGAGGUUGACUUACGUGGGCGUCCCAGGCGGAGUGAUGACAGCAGCUCGGCUGAAUUGGCUGCAGAGCGCCUGCGCAACAUGAAGUUUGAACCUAUUCCUGACCCGGAUGAGCUUGAGGAGAGGAGAAGCCUUUCAUCAUCCUCAGAUUCUUCCCAAAGUGCAUCAGAAUCAGACCAAAUGACCAGAAAGCACACCAGGCCCAAGUCUGUUCAGCUGGUAGAAGAUUCGUUUCAGACGAGAGCAGAUAUAUCAAUAGGCACAAAAACAGAAACCCCACGAAUAUCCACGAAGGGCAAAAGUGAAUAUCCUGGAUCCUCUGCUCUACAUACAAAUAAGGCAAACACCACAGACUCUGAUAUUUCUCAGGGUGAUGGAGAACUAUUUGAAUUCAGCGAUGGUGCUCAAAGUCCCUCAGCCAAGAAUGGCUACGGUACCAAAAGUCUAGGAGAUGUACCGGAGUAUUCCUCUUCCGCUUCCUCUGAUUCAAGUGACAGUGACAGGGAGCCAAGGCAAACUAAGAUCAAACAAAAGACAAAAAAGAAGCAGAAGAAAGUUGCACAAAAAUCAAAACCUGGAACAAGUUCAUCAUCUUCUUCCCACAGUGAGAGCGAAGAAAAAGUCACAUAUGUUGAUGGUAGAGGCAGAAUCAACACUCAGCAGCUUCAAGAGUCCAAAACAAAAAUCGAUGAUUCAGAUGAAUAUUGGCCUGCUGUAGAUCUUCAGCACAUUCCUCGUCUCAAAAGGCGUCUAGAUGUCAAAGCAUUGCUACCAAGUUCUGAUUCGUCUUCUAGUAGUGAGAGUGAAGAUGAACCAAGAGGCCAUGUGACAAAAAAUACACGAGACGAGUUAAUAAUAGCAAGACGCCCCAUUAAUCAGUCUCAAAAAGUAAGCCCCAAGCCAGGAAACCAACUGCCUGGCUUUGAACUCAGAAAAACAUCCGCAAACAAGAGACCUCUUGACACCAAAGUACCAACAGCAGGUUCAGAUUCAUCAACCAGUAGUGACAGUGAUGAUGAAACUACUCACCUAAGAGUGAAGAAACCAGGAAGGUUGGAUGUUGCACAUCUGUCAUUUCAAAAAUCUCUCUCAAAAAGCAGUGAUCCAGCAGAUUCAACUUCCUCUUCCAGCAGUGACACCGAGGAUCAAGAAAAAGCCAAUGUGCUUAAACAGAGGAAAGAGAAUUUGUCAAAGAUUCAAACUAAAGUUUCUCCAACACUAAGUCCUAAACGAGACACAGAUUCAGAUUCAUCUUCUAGUAGUGACAGUGACCAUGACAUGAGAGACCAUAUAAGACAACAAGAGGAGUUGCCGAUAUCAAAGUCUCCAACUAAAGUAACUCAGACGGUAACCCAGAAAGCCCCAAGCCAGUGGCCUUCAAUUGAUCUUGGGAGAGUAACAAGAAUAAAAAGACGUCUGGAUAUCAAAGCACCAAAAGCACAUUCAGAUUCAUCAUCUAGCAGUGACAGUGAAGAUGAAGCAAGAGACCGACUGAUGAAACAAAAGCAAGAGGAGUUGCUGAUGUCAAGGCUUCCAGGUAAAGUUUCUCCAACAGUGCAUCCCAAACCAGAAAAUCGUUGGUCUGCAUCUGAACUUGGAAAAACAACCCAAAUCAAGAAACCCAUGGAUAUUAAAUCAUCAUCAACAGAUUCAGAUUCAUCUUCUAGUAGCGACAGUGACAAUGACAAAAAAGAUCAUGUGACAUCAAAAAAGCAAAUGGAUUUACAUAUCUCAAAACUUCCAACUACAGUAACUACAUCAAGUCAGAAACCAGAAAGCCAGUGGCCAGUACUUGAUUUUGGGAGAGUAACAAGGAUAAAAAGGCGUCUGGAUAUCAAAGCACCAAAAGCAGAUACAGAUUCAUCAUGUAGUAGUGACAGUGAGUAUGAAACAAAUCGUUGGUCUGCACCUGAACUUGGAAAAACAACCCAAAGCAAGAAAAAUGUGGAUAUCAAAGCAUCAUCAACAGAUUCAGAUUCAUCUUCUAGUAGUGACAGUGGUGAUGACAUGAAAUACCACAUAACACAAAAGAAGCAAGAGAAGAUGCAUAUCUCAAAACAUCCAAGUAGUGCAUCUAUGGCAAACCAAAAGCCAAACCAGUGGCCUUCCCUUGAUUUUGGUAGAACGACACGAAUAAAAAGGCGUCUGGAUAUCAAAGCACCAAAAGCAAAUUCAGAUUCAUCAUCUAGUAGUGACAGUGAGGAUGAAACAAGAGACCAACUGAUGAAACAAAAGCAAGAGGAAUUGCUGAUGUCACAGCUUCCAGGUAGAGUUUAUCCAACAGUGCAUCCCAAACCAGAAAAUCAUUGGGCUGCACCUGAACUUGGAAAAACAACCCAAAUCAAGAAACCUGUGGAUAUCAAAGCAGCAUCCACAGAGUCAGACUCGUCUUCCAGUAGUGACAGUGACAAUGAAAGAAAAGAUUAUAUGACAUCAAAAAAGCAAAUGGAUUUACAUAUCCCAAAGCUUCCAAGUAACGUAACUACAGCAAGUCAGAAACGGGAAAGCCAGUGGCCAGUACUUGACUUUGGGAGAGUAACAAGGAUAAAAAGGCGUCUGGAUAUCAAAGCACCAAAAGCAGAUACAGAUUCAUCAUCUAGCAGUGACAGUGAGUAUGAAACCCAAAUCAAGAAAAAUGUGGAUAUCAAAGCACUAUCAACAGGUUCAGAUUCGUCUUCUAGUAGUGACAGUGACAAUGAAAGAAACGGUCAAAUCACACAAAACAAGCAAGAGGAGUUAUAUAUUUCAAAACUUCCAGUUAAGGUAACUACAUCAACUCAGAAGCCAGCAAAUCAGUGGCCUACCAUUGAUUUUGGGAGAGUACAACGAAUCAAAAGACGUCUGGAUAUCAAAGCACCCACCGCCGUUCCAGAGUCAUCAUCUAGUAGUGACAGUGAGGAUGAAACAAGAGGCAAUGCGAUGAAACAAAAGCAAGAGGAAUUGCUGAUGUCCAAGCUUCCAAGUAGAGUUUAUCCAACAGUGCAUCUCAAACCAGAAAAUCGUUGGUCUGCACCUGAUCUUGGCAAAACAACUCAAAUCAAAAAACCUGUGGAUAUCAAAGUAUCAUCAACAGAUUCAGACUCGUCUUCUAGUAGUGACGGUGACAAUGAAAGAAAAGAUCAAAUCACACAAAAGAAGAAAGAGGAAUUAUACAUUUCAAAACUUCCAGUUAAUGUAACUACAUCAACCCAGAACCCAUCAAACCAGUGGCCUACCCUUGAUUUUGGGAGAGUAAAACGAAUCAAAAGACGUCUGGAUAUCAAAGCACCCACUGCAGAUUCAGAUUCAUCUUCAUCUUCCAGUAGUGACAGUGAGGAUGAAACAAGAGAUCAUGUGUUAAAAACAAAGCCAGAGGAAUUGCUGGUGUCCAAGCUUCCAAGUAAAGUUUAUCCAACAGUGCAUCCCAAACCAGAAAAUCUUUGGUCUGCACCUGAUCUUGGCAAAACAACCCAAAUCAAGAAACCUGUGGAUAUCAAAGUAUCAUCAACAGAUUCAGACUCAUCUUCUAGUAGUGACAGUGGCGGUGACAUGAAACACCACAUAACUCAAAAGAAGCCAGCAAACCAGUGGCCUACCCUUGAUUUUGGGAGAGCAACAAAAGUCAAAAGACGUCUGGAUAUCAAAGCACCUACAGCGGAUAAAGAUUCAUCAUCUAGUAGUGACAGUGAGGAUGAAACAAGAGGUCAUGUGAUGAAACAAAAGCAAGAUGAAUUGCUGAUGUCAAAGCUUCCAAGUAGAGUUUAUCCAACAGUGCAUCCCAAACCAGAAAAUCGUUGGUCUGCACCUGAUCUUGGCAAAACAACCCAAAUCAAGAAACCUGUGGAUAUCAAAGUAUCAUCAACAGAUUCAGAUUCGUCUUCUAGUAGUGACAGUGACAAUGAAAGAAAAGAUCAAAUCACACAAAACAAGCAAGAGGAGUUAUAUAUUUCAAAACUUCCAGUUAAGGUAACUACAUCAACCCAGAAGCCACCAAAUCAGUGGCCUACCAUUGAUUUUGGGAGAGUAAAACGAAUCAAAAGACGUCUGGAUAUCAAAGCACCCACCGCCGUUCCAGAGUCAUCAUCUAGUUGUGACAGUGAGGAUGAAACAAGAGGCCAUGUGAUGAAACAAAAGCAAGAAGAGUUGCUGAUGUCCAAGCUUCCUAGUAGAGUUUAUCCAACAGUGCAUCCCAAACCAGAAAAUCGUUGGUCUGCACCUGAUCUUGGCAAAACAACCCAAAUCAAGAAACCUAUGGAUAUCAAAGUAUCAUCAACAGAUUCAGAUUCGUCUUCUAGUAGUGAUAGUGACAAUGAAAGAAGAGAUCAAAUCACACAAAAGAAGCAAGAGGGGUUAUACAUGUCAAAACUCCCAACUAAUGUAACUACAGUAACCCAAAAACCAGCAAACCAGUGGCCUACCCUUGAUUUUGGAAGAGUUACACGAAUCAAAAGACGUCUGGAUAUCCAAACACCCACCGCAGAUUCAAGUUCAUCUUCCAGUAGCGACAGUGAAGAUGAAACCGGAGGCCACAUGACAAAACAAGAGGAAUUGCUGAUUUCACAGCUUCCAGGUAAAGUUCCUCCAAAAGUACAUCCUAAACCAGAAAAUCGUUGGUCUGUACCUGAUCUUGGAAAAACAAAAGAAUUCAAGAAUCCUCUAGAUACUAGGGCACAAUCUACAGACUCUGAUUCAUCUUCUGGUAGUGACAGUGUUAAUAAAAAAGACAAAAUGACAAAAUUGAAACAAGAGGAUUUAUUAAUAUCAAAGCAGCCAGUUCAAACAAGCCAAAAAGCAAGUCAAAAGCAAGGAAACCAGUGGCCUUCCCUUGAUCUUUGGAAAAUAAGACAAUUUAAAAGGCGUCUGGAUAUCAAAGUACCAGCAGCAGAUUCAAAUUCAUCUUCCAGCAGUGACAGUGAGGAUGAAACACGUGGGCAUGUGAUGCAACAAAAGCAAGAGGAACUGCGGGUGUCAACGUCUUCUACCAAGAUGUCAGCAAAGGUAAAAUUGGAAAAUCAUUGGCCUUCAUCUGGUCUUGGAAAAACAGACAUCAAGAGUCCUCUAGAUAUUAAGGUACCAUCUCCAAGUUCUGACUCAUCUUCUAGCAGUGAGGAUGAGACAAGAGGCCACAUGAAAACACAAAAGCUAGAAGAGCCACUGAUCUUAAGGAAUCCAGCUGACAUAAUUCAGUCAUUAAGAUCUAACUCAGAAAAUCAGUGGCCUACCCUGAAUCUUGGCCAAAUACCACGUAUUCAAAGACGUCUAGAUAUCAAAACUGUUAUUCCUCGUGAAUCAUUGUUGAAAGUUGACAGAGAGACAAACCUUGAAGGAGUCAAUCCAUCCUUAACCAGACAGGUUCAUAAUAAAACUUCAUCACCAUUGCUACGAUUGGGUCUCAGCAGCAAAUCCCUGGGGUUUAAAAAAUCUGCAUCACAAUCAUCCAGUAGUGAAAGUGAGGAUGAGAACAGAGACCAGAAAGCUAAAAUCAGAGAAGAUCAAUCCUUUACGUCAACAGCCUCAGAGAAGUUCAUAAGGUUACACAUAGCGCCCGGGAUAAACAUUCCUUACAAUCCAAAGACAGACCACAACAUCAAAUUGGUAAAGUAUACUGAUAUUUCAGGUGACCUGGAGAACAUGCCAACAAAUGACAGCAGAACAACACUUGAGGUAGACCCAGAGCUUCAGUCAAGAUGGGCCACAAUGAAUCUUGGCGUCUCCCGCUUCCGAAAGCGUCUCGAAAUCUCAUCCAAUGCAACAGAAUCCGAUUUGAACUCCCCACCAGACUCUCCUUUCUCCUCCGGCAGUGAAAGUGGUUCUAUGAGAAGACAAAGACUAAGGAGAAGGUUUGCUGGGAUCCAAGAAACAACGCACCAAAGCUCAUCUCCAGGGCUGGAAAAUUUUCAACUAAAUGUGUCUCCAACUCCAAGGAGUCCAGAAGACAAGUUCACUUUCUCAGAUAUAGUUAAACAGAGAAUAAAUAAAAAUCACAGUGAUAAAGAUUCAACUAGUCCAUCAAAGCAGAGCUCUAAUUCCUCUUCUAGCAGUGACAGCGAGGAUGAGACAAAAGACCACAGUGUCACUGACCUGAGUCGUGGUGUUCCACGCAUCAAGAGGCGUUUCGAUAUCAAGACACCAUCUCCAGAGCCAAGUAAUACCUCACCUUUUGUCAUUCAGAAUGAAGUCUUGACAGAGCACAAAGCAGUGCAAAGCACACAAGCAUCAACUAUCGUUGGACCAACAGAUGAAUCGCUUAUCACUUAUAAGCGAUCUAUUUUCAAAUCCUUAUCACUACCAGGCAGUUCUUUCACACCGACUGGCAGUCGUCAAACUGUUGACCAAAUACCUAAUCUUUCAAAAGAUGUGUCAAAUGACAAGGACGCGUCUCUUGCCUCAAAGGCCACAAAAACUACAAGCUUUGAUGACAUCAUAAAGAGGAGACUGAGACAAUCCAGAUCCAAGACCGAUGGAGACCUGAUGGAGAAAAUAAAAUGGACUCGUGUUGGUCAUGAUUUCCCUGACCUUUCAAGAUCCAAAUCAGGAGGAGGCGUGGAUGUAACGUCCAAAUCCCUGCCGCAAGAUUCAUUCACAGAACUAACUUCUCCCUCAUAUGAUUCUGCCAGUAGUACAACUGCCUUUAGCAUAUUGCAGCUCAGCAAGAAAUCAGAUGCAACACAAACACACAAAUAUUCACCACUUGGUCCUGAAGUCACACCCUCUCCCUCCGGUGAUGUUCUCAGUGUGCUUGGAAACUCAUCCCAAAGGACACCUGAGAUGCAGAGGGCUGCAUUAGGGGGCAAGACUGAGAGGAAAGGCCUGAGUGCCCUAAAAGCCAUGUCACGAGAGAGGAAAAGCUGGGAGUGGGAUGAAGAUACACAUCUUGCAUUCGAUACACAAGACAGCAGCGUCUCCAGUCACAGCCAGUCUGAAAAAGACAAAGUCUUGUCUCGACAGUCUCAAAUUCAUUCUCCUUCUGUGAGUGAGUCGAAAAAAGGUAUAGAUUUGUUGCUGUUGUACGGUGUCCCCCGCUACAAGAGACAUAGCACUGGGGACUCGUUGACAGAGGCUUCACUUCCUGAUCCAGCUACACCUCAGCAAGAUGACUGAAGAGGGGAAAGGUGGAGAUCUCCUUAAUAAAGAAAAGAUCCUGCUGGUAGAAAAAAUAAAACGUAUGAGAAGGUCUGAAAUCAGAAAAACUGGCAGCCAAUUGAAUUUUUUUUUUUUUUUUAAGUGUACAUUAUUUUUAAGUGUAAAUUAUUACAACCGUAUAAGCUUUGAAAUUGCAUGUAAAUAUUUGUGAUUAGUAAUUUUAGGAGCACCCUCAAUUAUGUUUAAAAAAUUUUUUUUGGUUGUCACUUUUAAAUGAUCAAGACACCUUCAAAUCAAGUUCAAUAUGAGAUCAUUUAUACUCCAACUUACAUUAAAACAAUUUCCUAAAGUUGUAGUAGAGCCUUAGUAUUUGUAAAAAGGUGGACUGUAUUCGUAAUGUCAGUUGUAUUUUUUUUUCCCCCAAACAUGUUAUACAGUCAGAGAAUCCAGGAAUCAGCCAGUAAGUUAAUAAACCUUUUUAUUUAUGUGUAUAGACAUUGGUUAUAGUGAAAACAAACAUAUAGACACUCAUUGUUUACAUACAUAUUUACAGUCGGGACAAGGCUGUUCAUCCUCCUGCAUUUUCAUUGGAGAAUACUAAAAGAUUCAUCUCUACACAGUAUUUGAUAAGCAAUGAAACAGUUAAAUCCAGUUUUUGCUAAUGGUGGAGAUCCCCAACGGAAUCGUAUGUAUGUGAUCCAACAACUGAUUUCUAAGUGCAUCAUGACAACUGCAGAAAAAAACAAAAUAUAUAUAUAUUUAUAUAUAUAAAAAAAAGAAAUAUUGCAUGAACUUCAAAAUAAAAUAAGAGUCUUCACACCGGUUGCAGCCGUCUUAUUACUCUAUACAUAACGAUGCGUGGGGAUGGGAUAAAUGCAGGAGGGAACUCCUGAUCCACCAUGAGGUUACAGGUGUGUUCCAGGUCGUAGUGGACACAAUUGUGUGUAUUUUUUAAUUUUUUUUUCAUAGGAAAAAUAAAACUAACAUGACUGUGUUUGUCAAAUUAAGCACAAAACACAUGCACAAAUAACUGUACAAAACAAAGCAUGUCUGAAAAAUGUUUUCAAAAAAUCUCAUCCAUUCACAAAAGGCUCUGUCAGAGCAUGCAUGCAAAUAGUAAAUCUUCUGACGGUGCAGCAUCACAUCACAGUCAAAGACAAAAAAGAUUUUAUACAUGUGUUACAAGAACGUUACACUAGGCGAACAGAACAGCAUAGCAUCAUCACGCACUUUCAAACGGUCAGUGUCCACAUUUAUUUAUUUUUUUCGUUCACGCCCUACGGGUGGUAUAAAGAAACGCUUUGAGCAAACCUACCUCGCUAGUCUAAAGGACGCCGCGUCCUCGGAGAGGUCUCGGGUGUUCCACUGCAGCUGUAGUAACACUGUCAGCGUUGGGAGGAAUGCUACUCAUUAAAAAGGAGACCAGAAACUAUCCGUGGACUGAGGAAGACGAACAGAUGCCAAAUACCGAGACAAAAAUGGACACCAUCUGGCACUAUGUAACACAGCCUAAACAGUCUGAAAUCGUCCUGAAAAGGUUACCUGACUACUUGUGUGUCACUGCCUGCAUGUCCUGAAUAUACGGUGUCUUGCAAAAGGCGUUGAGCACCCCUGAUUUUUUCCCCCCCCACGGUUUGUCAGGUUGCAAACACUAAACAUCGGAGCAUUUUGAUGGGGAUUUUUUUUAUUUAUUUAUUUUUGUGACAAAUCAACACAAAGCAGUGCAAUAGACUGAAUUGGAAGGAAAAUUAAGUUGUUUUUAUCCUAAAUUGAGAGUUGUGUGGUGUGUUUGUAUCAGGUCCCAUUUACUCUGGGGGAAAAAAAAGCAGAAAACUCUAUAAAGACCAAGGAACAGAGCAGACAGGCCACGGAGAAAGUAGUAAAGAUGUUUAACCACAAUGGACACAAGGUGGUGUAUGCGUACCACUAUUGCAUAUUAAAUUACACUGGAAGCACUUUUCUGUUCUCUAGUGGCCACACUCAUUCUAAAUCAUUUCCAAUAUAGCUCAUUUACUAAAUACCUACAUCAGGUACAUGCUAUAUUCAAAUUAAUAUAUUCUAAUUAAAAUAGUCUGAAAAAAAAAACCAACUUAUUUUAUUAAAUAACAAAUUCAGACAAGGAUUUAAAGCAAAGUCGACAUCCUGAGCUUGGAACAUCGUUCAGAGUAUUCAUCUUAAAAUGUAAGAUGAUGUUGUCUGUUUGUCUAUCCAAACAGACAACAGCUGGAUAAGCAGAAGAAGGUGCAGAAAACUGAAUGACUAAACUAAGACUCCACAAAUCUGACCCUCAAGUACGGUAUGAAUGGUCAAAGGAAAUGCAUUAAAGAAGUCUUCAGAAGUGGCAUUUACCAUAAGAUACAGUAAACUCAGGUCAGAUGAGUCCAUAAUUUGACUUUCUAACCAACAGGGGGGAAAAAACCCUGUUACGGAAAACUGACACUGCAUAUUUCCCACUUCAUCAUCCCCACCGUUAUUUAUGGUGGUGGCAGGAUUAUGCUGUGGUAAUACUGUUCUUUUCAGAAAUGGAGUUGAUAGGCAAACUACUAAAUUAGCAAAACACAGCAAGAAAAUCGGUUGGAGUCUGCAAAAAAAAAAAA